AUGGAUUUAAGUAAAAUUAAUCUAAGUAGUUAUUUGCCAACAAUGCCAUAUAAAGUUCGAGAAUUAUUUGAUAAAGCAACAAAUAUUGUUAUGAAUUAUACAGAAACUGAAACUAAAGUUGUUGAAGCAACUAAUGAUGAAUCUUGGGGACCAGCUGGAAAAUUAUUACAAGAUCUUUCUCAAUUAUCGUAUUCAAAUGAACAUUAUAAUGAAUUAAUGGGAAUGCUUUGGAAACAAUGUCUUACUCAAGAUAAAAGAAUUUGGAGACGAACAUAUAAAUCACUUCUUGUUUUGGCAUAUUUAAUAAAAAAUGGGAAUGAAAAAGUGGUUAAAUCAGCACGUGAACAUCUGUAUGAUCUUAGAAGUUUAGAAAAUUUUUCUUAUCAUGAUGAACAUGGCAAAGAUCAAGGAAUUAAUAUACGUCAUAAAGUAAAAGAAUUAAUUGAAUUUAUUCAAGAUGAUGAUCGAAUUCGAGAUGAACGUAAAAAAGCAAAAGCUAAUCGAGAUAAAUAUAUUGAUGAUCGAUGGAAUAAUAAUGAUGAAUUAUCAAAUUCAACAAAAACAAAAGAUUUCGUAUCGGAAGAUUAUUCAUUAGAUAAAAGUAAUCAAAAUGUUAAAUCAAUAUCAAAUAAAAAUCAAAAUAAAACACAGUCUUCGAUGAAUAACAAAAAACCAUCAUUAACAAACGAAGAACCAGUAGUUAAUUUAUUAGGUGAGGAUAUUGAAUUUACAGCUUAUGUUCACGCUUCACACGAUGCUGAAUUUGGUCAAUUUCAAGAAGCAAUAUCUCCAACUUCUCCAGUUCAAACAACACUUUGGCCAACAUCAACACAAUCUUCAUCAUCGAUGACAUUUGAUCCAUUUGCAUCAUUAGAAACAUCACCGAAUCAUUUCCAACCAAAUCUUUUUUCAACAAAUCAACAACAAACUUUUACAAAUUCAUCAAUAUUUCAACAACAAUCAAAUAUAAAUUCAAUGAAUAAUACUUGGUCAUCAGCAGCAGGAAAAUUAGAUAUAUCAUUAAAUAAUUUAAUUCCACAUACACGUGGUGAUCAUCAGAGAACAUCAUUAACACUAAAUCAAUUAACUAGUCCAACAAGUCCAACUAAAUCUGAUUUUUCCAUAUUAAAUACAAAUACUCAAUCAAUAUUUUCUACUCCGAACAAAAAAUAA